AUGACCGAUACGGCCACGAGAUCAACUAUUACACUAAAGGGAUCUGCCCAGAUGGUCAAAGAGUUCUUUGGUAAGCACGAGACAAUGCAGACAGCUUCAUGUAGCAUCUUUGCAGACUAUGGGAUUAACAGCAUUUUGUUCCAACGCGGAAUAUACCCUCCGGAGAUGUUUGUCAAAGAGAAGAAGUACAAUAUGGCAUUGAUGGUAACUAAAGACGAAAAACUACGGAACUUCUUGAAUCCCCUUCUAAAACAAGUUGAAUGUAAGUUCUUUAUGCACUUCUUUCAAUGUUUAGACUUGUUUUCACAGCCAUAAGGCUUUGGAUUAAAAAUCGUAAAGGAAAGAACGAAUCUGAUAUUAUUUUAGAUUGGCUUGCCUUGAAGCGCGUGAAACGUUUGGUCUUGGUGAUUCAGGACGUCAAGACGAAGGAGGUGCUGGAACGAUGGGAGUUCAAUGUGGAGACGGAUGAAUCGUUUGGGUGAGUGUGUUUGGGCGAUGAUUUCAUUCGUUUUUAGGGAGGGUCAAGCCAAGGAGGUCUGCGAAAAACGGAUAAAACAAGAAAUCUCGGAUGUCCUAAAGUAAGUUCUGGAUUGAAUGGGGUGUCGUACGCUUUUAUCUACCUUGUUAAGCCUAAAUCUUUCUACAUGUCGUUUGGUUCCAAAAUUUAUGACAUUAUUUUAGACAGAUCGUCUCAUGCGUUUCCUUCCUCCCCAUAAUCGAAGUGGAUUGCUCAUUUGAUGUCCUCAUCUUUGGCAAACAUCUCGAGAAUGAUGAGAACCUUCCUGACGAUUGGGCCGAUUCCACUGCCAGGAAUAUUGUAGAUGCAGAAGAAGUGGACCUCCGUCAGUUCUCCACCAAUCUUCAUAAAGUCUCCACCAAAGUCCAAUACAAGGCCGAUUGCUGA